GAAAAGUAGAUUUUAAUUCAAGGUUUGCCAAAUAAAUUUUGUUAAACAAUCACUUUUGUGCCAUCACUUUUAUUAAACAGAAGAGCAAAUAACUAACUUAAAACUAUUUCUAAAAAGGAGAGAAAAUGGAUUUGAAACAGAUUUUAUUAGCUGCGAUUGUUCUUUUAUGUCAUCAGGUAUCGUCUUAUGUCGAUGACUUCGAGGAGUUUGAGGAGGAUCGAGAGAACUUGUUGCAGGAUUCCCUGCAGUCUGCAAUCCUCCGAGGCAGUGACAUCGGCGACCGGAAGUUCUACGUGAGGGUGGAGUACAAGGGGUCCAAUGAGUUCUGCGGAGGAGUCUUCAUACAUCACCUAUGGAUCCUGACCGCGGCAUCCUGUUUGCAGGGAGAAAACCCUGCGUUACUCCGUGUGGAAACUGCGGACUUUCCGAACAGAUUCAGGAGUGGAUUGUUCCUCAGGCCCAGAAGGUGGAUCAUCAUGGGCAGCUUCCAAGCAGGCAAUGGUCUGGUGGCUCCUCAAGAUGACCUCGCUCUCAUCCAACUCAUCUUUGGCGUCUUCAACCCAGAUGACCAGCAGUACUUCCUGCCUCUGUGCUCGCACAGGGUUCCCCAGGACACCGACGUGGGGGUGUGUGGAAUGGGACAAGUGAACGAGGAGGGGAUCAGAACCAACGCAGACUCGCUCAAAGAGGCACACCUCAAGGUGGACUACUUCCGGGAGCCCUUCAUCCCCAUCGUGAAUGAGCCGACGUACUGUGACGGGGAACUCAUCUGCACCAGUGUCGACGAAACAGAUGCGAAAAUCAGCUACGGUGACUUGGGCUCUCCUCUGUACCAGUUCGACCCAGUGAGUCAGCAGCCCAGUUGUCUGUACGGGGUGGCCAGUUUCUUCCGGUACACUCAGAGGAGGACGGACCAGCUGGGCCAUCCGGAGAGCUUCUUCACCAAUGUCACCCACUUCGCCCCCUGGAUCAUGGCCACUAUGGAAAAGUGGGAGGGACAAUAAAUGGCAUUAGGAGAGAAGCCAUACAUCAUAGAACACAAAAUGAAAAAGAGAGAGAAAAAACAGGCUGACUAACUAAAAUCUGGCCCAAAACGUUCAAUUCGGCUCUUUUCUAACCCCAAUUUUUUUGUUACAAGUCAGCAUAAAGUCUUUUAAUGACCCUCUAUUUUUUUGAAU